CGUUAGCUAGCAUGUAGCUUUUUGUCAUGUCUGUGGAUCUGCCUGAGACUUGUUGCAAUCCUUAGCGUUUAUUAUCUCACAAAUAUUAUCACCGCUUUGGAACAUUUUGUUGAAAUGGAUAUUUUAGGAGAAGAUGAAUUGGACGAGCUGAAAUACAAACGCUCUGGGCGCUUGGAUAUGAGCCACGGCUUCCUGCACCAUAUCCGGAGGAACCAGAUUGCUAGAGAUGACUAUGAUAAAUCGGUGAAGCAAGCCAAAGAGGUGCAGGAGGCAAAAGAGCUCCAGCGGCGGAGGAAUACUACGACCCCUAGACGACCCCGUCGACCUGAUAUCCAGGUGUACGAUCCUCGACGCAGACAUGAUUCAGAUCCAGGGGGCGGUGCUGAGGCAGAGGAGUCCAAUGAGAGCGGGUCCAGCACAGAAACAGAGACCCAUGGUACUGAACUCUUUUGGCUCGACUACCAGGCGGACUCUGGUACCAUUACCUCCUUCCUUGUGCACAAGGAGGACAAGCCUGAGAGGUUAGUGCAGCGUGUAGCAGAGAAAAACAUAUUGGAUUCAGCCAUGAGGGCAGCUCUGGAGACUCGACUUCGAAAGGAAAUUGAGAAAAGACGAGGAAAACGCUGACUGAACAGAAGAUUGUGAUGACAUAGCGGGUCUUCAGGCAAAGACGAGCAAUACUUCAUUUGCAGUUCUGCACUCCUACAAAGCAUGAACGCUGUUGACAGUGCAUAAUGAGAGCUCUGGGAUGACGUACUGUCCACAGAGAUCCAGCUAGAUGAGCAUCCAGAUGCCAAUCCAGCUUCUGUUUUCAAGAAGGAACCGCACAGAUUCAGUCCGCAACAAUAGGCAGGUUGGUUCAGUCGACUGUCAGGUUCGGGUUUACUACGUUUCACUCACUUUGGAUUGUUACCUCAUGCCCUCAUUCAUAACGUUAAGGAUGGUUCAUACACCUUCAAGUUCACUUAAAAAAAACGUUGAUGAUUUCAGAAAGUUAAUGGUAGGGUAUGUAAGUUUGAAACCGGC